AUGAAAAAAGACGUCAUGAUAUCAUUUUUAUAUAUAGGCUAGGACUCAAAAAACUAGCUUUCCGGUGAUUACUACAGGUUAAACCAAUACGGUCAUUCCUGAUGUUGUUAAUGUACAAAGAGGUGCACAAAACAAAAACACUAAUAAUAUCAUAAAAAUAUGGUAUUUGUUAGGUGACAUUUUGAAGGGGAAAGUCAGCAGUUUACCAAUGGACUUUACUAUACACGAUUACACUAACGGCAUAUUUUUUGUUUUUUGGGGGGGUUCACCGACCUCCGAAAGGACCCAUUAUAGUUCCCCGAGGGGUUAGGGGACCAGGGAGAAACGAAGUCCAAGGCCGGGGUAAACGCAAGGUCACUGCGUCUAACAAAUAUGAAAAUGUCACCUUUUCAGAGGGCACGCCUUGUUGUUUAACAAAGACUGUCAAUGAACAAGAUUAAUAAGAAGCGAAAUGGUCACUGACUGAGAGGUCAGACCGAAGUUAUCUCUGUGUAGCUAUUAAAGAAGGAAGUUAAAGAGGCUCUGAAGCGGUGAGACCGCACGUGGCUUUCAGAGUUAAGUUAACAAGAAUACGUGAAGCUCUAGUAUAAGAGUUUUCAAGGGUGGCCAUUACACCACUUUACGGAAAUAUUAAAGAAAAUGAAACCUUACAUGAGUGUUGGAAACUACCUGUCGCAGAAGGACGGUGUCAUUAUUUUUGUUCAUCUGACCAGACACCCUGGCAUAUCACCUUCAAGGUCAGGGAUGUUAUUAUGCUCACAACCUCAUACAAGGUAGGCCUUUUUCAUUUAUUUUUCUAUUACCCGUUUGAACAGUAAAUCUUGAGUCAAGUAUACGGAAUAUGAUUAAAUUAUUUAAAUAAUUAAACAAUGAUAACUGGUUUUAAGUUUUCUGUGAUUUAUAGAGUUUUAAAGAAAUAAAUGAUUAUUUUAAUAAUUAUGAAUAGUUUCGCUUGUUGUAAUACAAAACAUGAAUAUUUUUGCAACAUUUUGUCAAGUAAAAAUAGAUCAACUAAAACUAUCGUCAAGUAAAACAAAUAUUUAAAAUUACUUACAUGAGGUUGCCACGAAGUUAAUUUUAACGGUUAGAUAAAAUAGCCUACAGCUACAAAUUGUUAGUGGUUAUACAGGCACAUUCACAAUUGAGAUGGGGCAACCUUACAUUGAUGAGGAACAUUUCAGAGAUGUCCAGUUCAUAUUUGUUGUGCUCAUGCAGACCAAAACUAUAAAAUAUGACAAAUAAGAUGAAUUACUACAAUUACUUAGUCGUUCUGCCCAAAUGCCAUAAGGAAUGAGAAUAUACAUUUCUUAUUAAAUAUACUUUUUAACUGAAGACAGUUUAAAAAGUGCUAACAAGCCGAAAUGACUUUUAUUGAUGGAACCUAAUGACUUAAAAAAUAUAUAUUUACCAAUAUUUUUAACUUGGACAAAAAGUAAUUUCAGAUGCAAUCAAACACAUUUUAAGAUUACCUGAAAAAAAAUAACAGUGUGGUUAGGUGAGAUUUUUAAUGGACAAACACAAACUAUGUCAAAUUAUGAAAUCGAAAAAACACCCAAACAUUUCAAACUUACUUUCGUUGUUCGUGACUGCUCGCCCAAACAUUUCACACAUACUUUCGUUGUUCGUGACUUAACAUCAGCAAAUUAUCUGUUUUCGUAGUUCGUUUAGCGGCGAAAUACGCAUGAUUUAACCUAGAGAGGCAAGUCUGUUAAUUGUGUUUAAAUGUUACCAAAGACGUGUAAAAUGAGUUGAUGUUUGACGAUUGACUAUUUGAAAAUAGUCUUUGUGCUUUCUAUUAACAGGUGCAUACUUAUUCAGUUGGCUAUACUGAUUCAGUUUCAUUUACAAAGUAAUGGUGGGCCUUAAUGAAGGUUCUUUUGUGGAGCCUAUAGAAACUGGAACGUCCCUGUAGAGAACAAAAGUGCAAGUCGUGGUACAAAACAAAAGACAUUUUUAGUAGAUUUGUCAUCAGAAAGGGCAUUAUCACUGAAAUUACGUCUUCUGGUGCACUCAUUGUUUUUCACUGUAUGUCAUGCAUUAUAACAUACGUUCAGCUGGCUUUUCGUCUUUCUCUUUAGGAAUAGUUGCUAAAUUGAAUUGUUUUCGGUUAUAUUUUGAAUAUAAAAACAGACGCAUAGACCGCCCGAACACAUUUUCGUUGUACUGUCGGCCGACCUGCUAUUGGUGCUUGUUUACACGAUGCCCACAGGAGGCGCUGAUUGGUCGCAUUCCUCACGUGACCGACCAACUUUGUACAUUUGACAGGGGAGUAGGUGGGUUUUGGAGAGAUCAGAAAAACGACAGCACGAUAAAAAUUAGAAUUGUUGCACUUUACAAAUUAAUGAUCAUGAGUUCCUACUUGAUCAAUUCGAAUUACAUCGAACCUUCUUUCCCGCCCUGCGAAGAAUAUCAGCAGAACGGAUACAUGCCCAUGCCCUCCGAUUAUUAUGAGCGGCCGAAAGACUCGGGCUUCCCCCAUCACGAGGAGGCAUCAUUCCCGCGAUCAAACUACCAGGAGCCGAGCUACGAUUACGGUAAUGUGACAACCAACGGCAUCAACGAGUUUACAGACCGUCAUCACGCACAACCUCAGUCCGUUCCGCAGAAUCACGGACCCCACCUCGCUACAGAGAGCUGUGCUGGUUCUACUGAAAACAAGGAUUGUAGCCUUGUGUCAGAAGCUCUCCCAGGCGCCCAGAAGGGUAAGGAGCCGGUGGUGUAUCCCUGGAUGAAAAAAGUCCAUGUUAAUUCUGUGACCGCCAGCUACUCUGGAGGAGUGCCCAAGAGGUCUCGCACCGCCUACACACGCCAGCAGGCUCUUGAGCUUGAGAAAGAGUUCCACUUUAACCGAUAUUUGACUCGACGUCGACGAGUGGAGAUCGCGCACACUAUGUGUCUUUCUGAGCGUCAGGUGAAAAUCUGGUUUCAGAACCGCCGUAUGAAGUGGAAGAAAGACCACAAGCUUCCCAACACAAAGAUCCGUUCAUCGAGCUCUGCGUCCUCCAACCAUCACGUGAAAACGGACGCCACUCAGCAGCAGCAAACACUACUUCCUACGCCGUGUUCCUCGAACCUAUAGUGCCAGAAGCACAUCGGCACAAACGGACCUCAACAAGAAAGAAGACAUAUUAGUAUUAAGAUUGGAACUUCACAGGGUUACUUUUUAUUAAAUGUCCGAUAAGGCGACCUCAUUCUCGACUCCCCUUCCAUUUCCUUCACACUUAUUUGAGGUGAAAGCAUACCCUUCCUGUAUAGAUAGUUGUUUUUUCGUACUUGAACAAUAGUGGUGUGUAGUUUAACUUGGUUAAAGGAUCGUUUCGUUAUUUCUCUCUAACCGGGCAUAUGACCAAUGCUAGUAACGCGUGUACAAAUCCCAUUGACAUUUUAAUAUGAAGGCACAAGUAUAGGGGCAAUCUCUGUGAGGUAGUCAUCAUAAUUGUCUUAGUUCCAUUUUAGUGUAUUGUGUCUGUAUUUACGUCAUCAAAGCUGUGAAUAUUCGUGUAUUUGGUUAUUUGUAUAUUGGUAAAAUAUGUCAAGAUGUUUUAGUAAGCUUGUAUGCAAGUAAUUGUAGGCAACCAGUGGUAAUAAUAAAUAUGAAUUUAUUGUGUAUAAUCCUUUUAGACUAAUCCUUAGUAAGGGCCAAGAUUGGUGCGCUAUAUAUUGAUCUUUGCACAAAUAUACAGAACCAUGAUACGGUUUUAUUUAAACGUAAUCCAUAACAUUGAAUAUAAGACAUAUUCAAAUCUUCAAUACAAAUUGUUUUGUGACAAUUAACAAGCCGAAUGGUGAAUUAUUCUGCGUUUUGUUGUCGAAGAAAAAAGCCUGAACACAUGCUUAAUAUGACACCAGUGCUAGAGGACAAUUGUUUCUUUUUUUGUUUCUUUUUUGUAAUCCUUUGUCGCCAAACUUGCGAUUUACGUACGUUUUAUUUAAUCCAGAAAUUCAUUUAAUUAGAAGGUAAACUAUUUAAACAGGAUACGUUAGUUGUAGUGUUCUUUUAGCCACGUUAAUUUAAAGGAGAUACAUGUUAAAACAUCUUGCUACAUUAUAUGGCUUAAUAGUAAGUUCUAAACAUCUUUUAGUAUCUUAUAAUAAAAGUAGGCUAUAUUACAAAUCUAAUGUUUUUAAAUCAUAUAAAUUGAAUUAUGAGCAAACCUUAAAACCAAUAAAUUAUAAUAGUGAAUGCCGAUGA